UAGAUACGUUAUUAUACUAUCAGUACAUAUUAUAAAGUCAUAAUAUUGCAUAGUAUUAUAGUUUUUGUACAAAAUAACUAGGCAACUGUGCAUGCAUCGAUUUUCGCCGAGUUUAGCGAAAUCAAAUUACAAUGUACAUAAUUUGAGGUUAAAUGUUGGUUCGUGGUAGGUCCGUAUGUCGUUCAUUGUUUUGUUAUUGUACUGUUGAUAAUGGGCAGGUAUUCGAGUGAUUCUGAUAGUGAUAGAAAUUCAAGAAAAUCACGUAAAGAUAGAAAAUCAAACCGGCGCAAAUAUUCCAGGUCUACAUCAAGUUCAAGUGAUUCAAGUACUUCUCAUUCCAGAAAAAACUAUAAUAACAAAUCGCGAAGACACAGAUCUAGUUCAACAGAAAGGCGCAGAUCAGAUAGGGACAGGCAUAGUAAAUAUAGGCAUGAUAACAAAAAAUCAAGGCAUAGGCGUUCACGUUCGCGCUCACGUUCAUAUAUAACCGAAUUCACAUCAACAAGUAGAAGGAGUUCUUCAAGUUCAUCAAACAGUGGUGCUUCUUUUAAGAAAACGGCGAUUAAAGAAUCAGUGAAACAAACUGCAGUAUUAAAAUCAAAGGCAGAAUUAGAACCAACAUUGACUGUUAGUAAACCAAAUAGCAUUGAAGUUGUCAAGGUGUCUGAGGAAGUGCUCAAUGAGUUAAAUCAAGAUGCAUUUGAACCAAAAGAAUUUACUUCAAAAGUGAAUGAAACAAUUUUAAUUGAUCUACAAAAACAAACUAUCAAAAUUCCCCAAGCAGAGGUAAAGGCAAGUGAGACUGAGAAUAUAUUUCACCACAAUUUGUUUCAACCGGGGGAAGUAAGAGUAUUAAAAUGGUUAAAAGAAUUAUAUUCGUAUAGACAUCGCGCGCUCCAAACAGGCGGCACUAAACAAUAAAAUGUCAAAAAUUA